AUGGACGAUACACCUCGCCUUGAAGCCAUUGUCAUCGUAAACUGUGCUUUAAAUGUUCCGCUAAUCAUUGCAUCCAUCACUGGAAACACGUUGGUAUUGUUCAUCAUAUUGAAGACUCCUUCGCAUCGCUUAGAGCCUUCCUUUAUCUUUCUUUGCAGUCUUGCUCUUUCUGAUCUGUUCGUAGGGUUUAUUGCCCAACCUUUUUACAUUGCAAGUGAAUUCACGAGGCAGGAGACUAUCUUGUAUCAUUUGAGUCAUGUUGCAGCGUUUUUCGCUUGUGGUGUGUCUCUCUGCACCACGGCAGCGGUGAGUAUGGACCGUUUAGCAGCUCUUCAUUUUCAUAUGAGAUACUCUAGCUUAGUGACAGUUCCUCGUGUUUUGUGUACUUUGGUGAUGUUAUGGGUGAUAAAUGUUCUUUGUUCAAGCAUUUACUUUGCGAAUUGGCAAGUAACUUACAUUAUUAUGGCCGUUGGGAUUGGAACUUGUGUUUUAAUAUCGACUUUUUCUUACGUUAAAAUUUACCAAAUUGUUCGUCGACAUCAGCGUCAGAUUCAACAUCUUCAACCAACUGAACAGCCUCAGAUUCAGAAUAACCAGAUUACACCACAAACUUAUUCACGAUUUCAGUCUAGUCAUCGAUUUAUAUCGCGUUUCAAACGUCUGCAAACAGUGGAUCCACAAUCCAUAGGACAAACUUAUCCCCCAGUUUCGUCAGUCCGAGAUUCUCAUCUUGCGAGAACAUCUAGUUUGGAGAUGAGUGCUCAUCAAACAAGACAUCAGUCUCAUUCGCAAAGACAGGAUGCCAAUCUGAUUCGUUUGAAAAAGAGCGCGUUAAACACGUUUGUGUUUUAUAUCUCUAUAAUUGUUUGUUACGUGCCAAUGUCUUUUUCUAUGAUAACCUUUAUCAUUGCUCCGUCCGCUUGGGAAGAAUGGUCGAAUGCUUGGAUCUUUGCGAACACACUUGUGUUUUUCAAUUCUUCGGUAAACCCACUUUUAUAUUGCUGGAGAAUUCGCGAAUUACGAGGAGCCGUCUUAAAACUAUGGGAGAUGACAUUUCCACGAACAACAGCAGAAGAUUCUUAG